CGACUUUUCGUGACAGCACGUCAUUUUCGACAUUUGAUUGAUAAUUUUCCAAAGAUCCAUCAAAUUAGUUUGUUUGAAAGUUAGUUUUAGCGCUAAGUGUUAUGUUGUGAUAUUUUUGGUUUCGUUUAAGUAUGUGAUAUAGCGUGGCCCUAAAUUUAGAGAGGGUCCAUCAUGACUGCACAAAAGUGCGUCGUGGAGGGCUGCAAUUUGGAAUACGAUGUGGUUUGCAGCUUCUCCUUUUACAACACAAACACAUCAUACGACAGUGAUGGCAAGCGACAGGAAUGGAUCGAGGGAGCCAUGCAGGAGGAGAGUGAGUGCCUCUGGCGACAUGUCAGCCUACAUCUGUGUGGAUACCACUUUGAGUUGGACACCCAGGGACUGUGGAUCGACUCUCCAAUGUUGCCUGAACUGCUCAUGCCUCAAGAGAAAGAGGCACCGGUCCAGACGGAAGCUGAUAAGAAAGGCGGCGGCCAGGCGGCGACUCGUGACACCUACCAGGCUCUAUUUGAGAGGUUCCUAAUGAAUACUCCUAAAGCUGUAGAUGUCAUUCGCAUGGAACACAAUUACUGCGUGGAGUCUGUCAAGAAGGAGCCGCCGCAAAAUGUCUCGCGGUUGAAUGUACGACAACUGGUCGACACGCUCGGAUACCUUUCACUGAAGAAUUUGCAACGCAAGCAGCUGUGGGUGGUCAGAGUGGAAACCGACAAAGCGGAGGCAUCCAUCACGCAGUCAGAGCAGGUCAUCACCAAGAUGCAAGACCCGAAACAGAUCAUCGAGAUAAUACCUCAGACUUCAUCAGCAGAACCCCAAACCAGUCAGAACGAGGUGCUACAAAUCAUGGAAGACACAACCAUACCCGAUACAUUCAUAUAUGAAAUCGCCGAGGAACAGGAAAUAAGUAUGGAAGAGGUAAAAGAGAUACCUAUCACUGAUAACAGGGAAUGGAUGGUCAAUAUUAUACCUGAAGAGAGCAGACCAAAGUAUGCAUACAUAAAACACUGCAAUACAGGCAAGAAAAAACGUCACUUCACAGCAGAAAUGAACGAGAUCACGCUACAAGGGGAUUAUGAUAAUUACUACAUUCUCCCCGAUGUCGACCCAUCAGUUGGGGUAGAAAUCACUACCAGUUAUGAACCGGAGAACUAUAUCGUCCAAGAGUACGAACAUUUGGUACUAGAAGAUCGGCAGCCGAAGAAGAGAAGUAAAGAGCCGACCGAGUCCGCAAAGAAGAAGAAAAAGAAGUACACGGUUGUGCACGAGGAGGACCAGAUACGGAUAAAGAGUGAGGACGAUUGGGCCGUGGAGGAUAGGACGUCCUUCGAGCCGGAUGGAGAGGAGUACGACGAUAAAAAAGCGGCUCGAGUGCGGCGAAAAAAUAAAAAAUAUCUCGGUUACGAUUUUGUUACUUAACUCUCAUUUGUUUUCAUAGAUGGCGCAACAGACAAACAUUUCAAUCGAUCUUGGAUUGCAGCUGAAUUAAUAUUUUAUGAGGUCUGUAAAAUUAUUUUGUUCAUACAGUAUAGAGUAUAUCAAAAGAAAUGUCAGGUAGAAUACUCAUGACGCUGAGGUACUUUCGCUACGACACUAGUCGCAAAAAAUAAAUCAUAAUAUUGCAGUUCCUGCUAGCGACAAGGUAUUCAUCCUCAUACCCAGGGGCGGAUCUACCUAUUUGUUUUUUCGGCUGCAGCCCAGGGCUCCGGAUACAAAGGGCCCCCAGCCCCCAUUGAAACGAUAUUUAGUAUAUAAAAAAAUAUCUAGAAUAUUAAAAAACCUAUCAUAAGAUCAAUCAAUCCAUGCAAGUGCGCGUCUAUUGAAAGGAACGGGGAAUCUCUGGUCGCUUGUUUUUGGUGGGUGUAUUUUUUUUAGUUGAGUAACAUAAUUAGGUAGGCCCCUAAGUAGAUAUAGCCCAGGGCCUCACAAAUUCACGAUCCGCCCCUGCUCUGCCUUAGAACCUAAGUGGUCACGGACAGACAUUUCAGAGGAGUUUCCUUCCGCCCACAAUUAGAUUGUGGAAUGAACUACCAGCUAAGGUUUUCUCUAGAUAUUACAGUAUGAGAUUCUUCUAGAAAAUAUUAAGAUCGUAACAUGUGACACCCCUGGUGUUUCAGGCUUCCAUAGGCUACGGUAACCGUUUACCAUAAGAUGGGCCGUAUGUUGUCAUCACUGUGAUAUAAAAAAAAAAAUAAAUUGAUGACGUGAUCGCGCAAUUUGUAUAUAGGUUUUAAAAUUCCAAUUUUCAACUUUGCUUCUUUGACGGCCUCGGUGGUCUAACAGUUUAGCAAUACCGCUUUAUAGUUGUCGCUAGUUCGAUUCCUCGCACGGUACAAAAUUUAUAUUUCUGAAUACGAUACAAAUGGUAUCGGUCUGAGGGUUUUUUUGUGUAUAUAUUAUAUGUAAAUUAUAAAAAAAAUGUAUUUAAAUAUUUCUAUAUGUUAUAUAGUACCCAUAACACAAGCUCUGCUAUCUUUGGACUAGAUGGCGCUGUGUGAAUUGUCCCGGGUCAUUAUUAUUUGUGAAACUUUGUUAGUUUCAUUAUCUUUGAGUUUAUUGUACGUUUUGUAACUAGCCCUGUACAUUUAAUAUUAUAGAAUUUCAAAUAUUGCGAAAAUAUUAUUUAAAAUCCUAUAAUAGAGAUAGAUAUUAAUAUUUCUUGAAGCCAACAUUAAUUACUCCAGUAUUUAAUGUAAUUUUGUAUAAAAUAUGAGGUACUUUUAUGGUCAUUUAUAUAUUUGAAAAUAUUCUAGCUAAUGCAUUUCCAGGGUCGAUAUGACGAUUAAUUACUUAACGAUGUUAUUAACAUUUCACAAUUGUAUUGUAAUCUACAGUGCUACAAUUAUUUAUUUACGAACAGUUGCAAAUUUCUCAAUUGCAGCUGUUUAAUGAUCUUUACACAAUAAGAAACGAAUUCUUAACAUUCCAUAAAUUCACGGUGCGGAUGCCUGGUCCAUCGUGUGGCAGAGAAACUACGAGCAGUUCCCGGGGCUUGUGACCCGGGUGUAGGUUUAAUUCUCAUCUCCCGACGUACAUCAACAUUCACCUUGACCGCUCCAGAUUUGUGUGAGCACGGAGUGUUUCUCUCCCUGCUCACACAAAUCUGGUAGGAGCCUGCUAGUGCAGCUUUAGAUA